UAACUAUUAUGACGUCAUGGCAACUAGCGCUUACUACACACAGCCCAUCAAACGUGUAUUUCUCAUCUAGGCUAUACCGCUUGCUUUAAACCCUACCGAGAAAAUUGUCUGUCUGAAGAGGGCGGUUUCGUUGUGUGUCGGUUUGAGUGUUGAGUGAGUGACGGUAAAUGAAGUCCUUCCUAGAAGAGCGGGAGAAGCGAUGCCACCGGGUUGUCUCCGAGUAGAACUCAUUUGGGGGUUUGUAGUCGAUUUUAUUUGAUCGGUGAGCAAUCAAUCGGUAGCAGCGGAGGUGAAGACGCCGGGGUGCUUUCUGCUCUUCUGUCAUAUAGGCUCUUCCCAGCUGUGUUGUCUGUGUUGUGAGCUCAGGCGGACUGCCCUUCCACCCACCUCAAGAUGCACAUGAAUAGCUUAUUAAACCAGUGCACGGAGAUCUCCAGGAUGUGCGAGGUGGACGUUUCGUCUGAGCCCACCAGCCCGACGCUGUACAGAGAGUCUUCUGAUACAUACUGCCAUGUGGACCGCUGGCAGAAGCUACGCACAGCCGUCCGCAAGCUCGAAUUCUGGGAGAACUUCACACAUGAGCUGAUUGGCAGUGGCUUCUUCUCAAAGGUUUACAAGGUAAUACACAAUACCACGCGGAAGGUGACGGUAGUAAAGAUCUAUAAGAAUGAUGUUGACCAAGACAGCAUCGUACGAGAAAUCAGCCUUCUGCAGAAACUCUCACACCCAAACAUCGUGAGGUAUCUUGGUAUUUGUGUCAAAGAAGACAAGUUGUACCCAAUUCUGGAGUAUGUUAGUGGAGGAUGUUUAGAGGAGCUGUUGGCCAGGAAAGAUGUGCCUCUAUGCUGGAGAGAGAAAGUAGAGCUGGCCUCUGACAUCACCAGAGGGAUGAUUUACCUCCACUACAAGAACAUCUACCACAGAGAUCUGAACUCUAAGAAUUGUCUAAUAAGGGUGACAGCGAGAGGCAGAGAAGCUCUGGUUACUGAUUUUGGUUUGGCUCGAGAGGUGGUUGAACUUCCUGCAAAGGACAGAAAGCUUUCACUCGUGGGCUCUGCUUUCUGGAUGGCCCCUGAGAUGCUGCGUGGGGAGCCCUACGACCGCAAGGUGGAUGUGUUCUCCUUUGGAAUUGUUUUGUGCGAAAUUCUGGCUAGGAUCCCAGCAGAUCCAGAAAUCCUUCCAAGAACACAGGACUACGGCCUGGAUGUUUCAGCCUUUGGGAAAAUGGUCAGUGAGUGUCCUCAGCGUAUUUUAGAGUUGGCAGCCAGUUGCUGUUUGAUAGAGGCUUUCCGAAGACCCUCUUUCACAGAGCUUCAAGACGAGUUGGGUGAAAUCGCUGAGACUUUGGAGGCUCCUCACACUGAUCUCACCACAGGCUGAUCUGCGGCACAUCCUCUGGUAUCCCAUCAGCCCUGCGAAUGGACACAAGCAGCUGGAGUUCUGUACAUAGACUUAAACACAAUGACAAAUGCGGCAGAACUGCAGUUUUCUCUCUGGGCUGUUUGCAUUGAAAGAGCAAAUCAAGGAAAAGGUCGCUAUUUAUUAUGAACGUUCUACAAGUAACUAGAACUCCACACACUUGUUCGUAAUAUAUACUGUGCAAUAUAUAAUAGUAGUAUACCAAGAGAAAUAUUGUAUCAGGUUCCAGCUAAAGUGUUUCUUUCAUUAUUUCAAAGCUACAGAUUUUCAAACGUGUGUUAUUCUUGUUUUGUACAUGAAUCAUUUUAUAUUGGAAAAAUAAAACCUAAGAGGCUUCAGAUUACCAUUGAUAAAAGGACUAACUUGGUGGUGGGGGGGUCACAAGUUUUAAAUAACCAAAUAAUAUUUUCAUAGGCUUUAGUAUAUCGAUACUUGAUUAAAUUAAAUUGUACAAGAGAAAUUCAUUUAUUUUGGUACCAAAUGCCCAAAUAGGAAAAAAAUGAAUUUAUAUUGCUGACUUUUUUGAAAAGCGACAUAUUUGAAAAAUCUUUGAGUGUACUUUUUGUUAUUUGAAAAGCACUGUAUACAGGAGCAAGCACUCAACUCAUCACUGAUCUUUGGAAAUUCUCCACCGCAGGAUGAGGCCCAUUUCCUGUCUGCAAGGGCCUCGUGUUACUGCUGCGGUGUUCACAUUGUGCAUUGUGCUGAGUGUUUGUUCUUUUCAACAUUCAAAGCUUAAAUGUUUCCUGUUCUAACACUUUUUUUUUUAAUCCAUUUUAGCUGACUUGUUUGACAUGUGUUGUGAAUUUCAGUACUCACACAUACAGUAUGUAUCAGAAGCGUGAGAUGGCAUCAGUAAACCGUGACACCAAACAAUUUCUCUGGACAUAUUAUUGGCUGUAACGGAAUAAGAAAUGUGAGAUUAAGUGUUUAAGACCAUCCUGCUGUAGUAGUCUGAAAAAUUUCUGCAACUUGAGCAAAAACGAACAGUCUGUAAUACUGAAAUCAUUAUUCCUUUCUAAUUUCAAAUGCUUAACUUGCCACUAUUGAUCUGUAUUUGUAUUUAAUAUUUAUACGUAAGUUCUGCUUAGAUGCUAUUUCAGUUUUUAAUCAUUAUGUGAAUUGCAUGUUGAACAUCGUUCAAGUUAACUUUAACAAAAUCUACAUUCUGUGCCUCAAAAGAGAACGCUUGUGUUCUUGGGAAUCUUUUGGUGAGAAAUAUGUCAUGUUAUAACCUCUCAUCUCUGAAACAAGCCUGAUGUCUGUAAAGUCAGAAUCCUCCUGUGGUUUGUAGUGUUUUUGUAAUGUAGUACAUGAUAUAAAAAGAGAAAAGGAAG